AUGGAACAAGAUAAAGACACUCUCUUUACAAAAGAAUUUGAUAAUUGGGAAGAAUUUCAAAAAACAUUUGAAAAUUGGUGCAUUACUUAUUAUCAACCAGUGAAUGUUAAACGUACUUCAAUGAAAUAUAACGAAAAACUAAUGAAAGAUUUAUUUGAUCGUUUUCGAUACCAACAUGUAAUAAAUAAAAAAUUAGAAGAAAAUAAUGAAGCAUAUGAUUUAUGCAAAACGCUAAUUGCUGCAAAGACUUCAACAUAUAAUAAUCGAAAAUUAAUAAGUGAUAAAUUUGACAUUAAUUUAACAAGAAAAGAUAUAAAUAAUUUUAAACAAAAAUUAAAAUUUAACUUAGUUGGAGAUAAAAGCGAUCCAGAAUUAUUAAAAACAUGGAUUAAUCAAAUAUUAAAUGAUAACUCUCAGAAUUCUGUUCAAAUUAAAAUUAAUGACAAUGGUGUUUUAGAAUGUUUAUAUAUUCAAACUUCUCAAAUGAAAACAUGGUUUAAAAAAUAUUCAAAUAUCGUUCAUAUAGAUUCGACAUUUAAAGUUAAUAUUGAAAAUUAUCAAUUAUAUAUAUGUUUAGUACAAAACGCUAAUUUAAAAGGUGUACCUGUUGCUUACUGCUUAAUGAAACUUAAUGAUUUAUCUGAAACACAAGUUGUCAUGAUUGAUAAAGAUUUAACAAAUGCUGGUAUUUUACAAGAUUAUUUUGAUAAAGCACGAACAUUAUUAUGUGUAUUCCAUGUUUUGAAAUAUUUAAAAGUUCAA